AUAUAAAAAGUUAUCAGUGCGCGCACACACAAUAAUAUCCAGUGUAGGGUUAGGGUUAGGGUUUGGAUCGGGAGGGAGAUGGUGUCGUUGAAGCUACAGAAGAGGCUUGCCGCAAGCGUCCUCAAGUGCGGCAGAGGCAAGGUUUGGCUAGAUCCUAAUGAAGGAAAUGAGAUUUCAAUGGCGAAUUCACGCCAGAACAUCCGUAAGCUGGUCAAGGAUGGGUUUAUCAUCAGGAAACCCACCAAGAUUCACUCACGAUCCCGUGCUCGUCGCAUGAAGGAAGCUAAAAGAAAGGGGCGUCACUCUGGAUAUGGUAAACGUAAGGGUACACGGGAGGCAAGGUUGCCCACAAAGAUAUUGUGGAUGAGGAGAAUGAGAGUUUUGAGGCGGUUGCUCCGCAAGUACCGAGAGGCGAAGAAGAUUGACAAGCAUAUGUAUCAUGACAUGUACAUGAAGGUUAAGGGUAAUGUGUUUAAAAAUAAGCGUGUGCUCAUGGAAAGCAUUCACAAGUCAAAGGCUGAGAAGGCCCGUGAAAAGACACUCUCUGACCAGUUUGAGGCCAAGAGAGCCAAAAACAAGGCUAGCAGAGAAAGAAAGUUGGCACGAAGAGAAGAACGCUUUGCUCAGGGGCCUCAAGAGAAAGCACCAGCAGCAGCCCCGGCUGCUGCUCCAGCAGCACAGCCUGCACAGGCAUCAAAGAAAUCUAAGAAGUGAGGUCUGUAUGUUGGGAGAUGAAGAUUAUGUUGAUGUUUUGAUUAGCCAUGCAGUGUAGUUUUUUUUGACCUGUUUGUUCUUGUUUCCUUUAUAAAACAGUUUUACUUAUAACUGAUGUUGAUACUCAUUUGCUUGUUUGAUGUUGGUUAUACUACUUGUAGCCUUUGCACUA